AUGCCGACAAGCAGUAAUGAAAUCUACACAGCACACUUCGAUAGCAACCAAUUCGUAGUUGGCGGUGGUGUCGCAAUAUUCCAUCUUGCCACGAAUCGAGUCGUGAUAUGCAGCUGCGUGUAUCGCGGACAAAAGUUCUACUUCCUCCCUAAGGGACGGCGCGACGCUGGCGAAGAGAGCGGCACAGGUGCCGAAAGAGAAGGGUACGAAGAGUCUGGCUAUCGCAACCGCCUUCUCCCUCUACCUACUGCUCACCGCCAACCGCAAGCCCACCCGCGUAUCCAUGCUUCUCCACAGACUGCCGAGCCAGUAUACAUGCAGCUCCUUCCUCUCGGUUCUCGGCAGUAUAUAAUCUACUGGUACAUUGCUGAGACACUUCCUCCAAUUCUCGAAACCCUGCUUGAGACGGAAGCAGGCGCCGCGUACAAACCACCACCGCCAUAUCCUCAGAACCUUUCUUUACGAGAGAGAAUCAAGGAAGAACCUGAAGGGUACGAGCCAAGACACCACGAGAAUACAGGAGUAGAUGAGCUGGAAGUAACGUAUAAAAGUGAGUUGGUGAGUGUGGAGAAAGCGGUGGAAAAGUUAGGACGGGAAGGCAGUAUGGGAAAAAUCAUGGCGGAUGUGGUUAAGAAAGGGUGGGAGGGAAUUCAACGGAGGCUCGAAAUGGAAGACGCUGCUACGCACGAGAGUCCUGAAGCAGUUUGA